AUGGGGGCCCCGCUCGCCUUGGCGCUGGGCGCCCUCCACUCCCUGGCACUUUUCCUGCAACUCGGCGGAGCCACGCGGCCCGCCGGCCACGCGCCCUGGGACAACCACGUCUCCGGUCACGCCCUGUUCACGGAGACGCCCCACGACAUGACGGCGCGGACGGGUGAGGACGUGGAGAUGGCCUGCUCCUUCCGUGGCAGCGGCUCCCCCUCCUACUCGCUGGAGAUCCAGUGGUGGUACCUGCGGAGCCGCAGGGACUGGACCGACAAGCAGGCGUGGGCCUCGAACCAGCUAAAAGCAUCUCAGCAGGAAGACGCAGGAAAGGACGCGACCAAAAUAAGUGUGGUCAAGGUGGUGGGUAGCAACAUCUCCCACAAGCUGCGCCUGUCUCGGGUGAAGCCCACGGAUGAAGGCACCUAUGAGUGCCGUGUCAUCGACUUCAGCGACGGCAAGGCCCGGCACCACAAGGUCAAGGCCUACCUGCGGGUGCAGCCGGGAGAGAACUCCGUCCUGCACCUGCCAGAAGUCCCUCCUGCAGCACCCGCCCCACCGCCUCCCAAGCCAGGCAAGGAGCUGAGGAAGCGCUCAGUGGAGGAGGAAGCCUGCAGCCUCUAGACUGAUGCCCUACCCCGCCACCUGCCGCCCCCGCCACUAUGGCUGUACAGAGUGCAUGAGGAGCCGCUGGACCGCCAGGGACAGGACUGCCCGGUGCCAGCCUCCUCGCCAUCCCCGAGACCGCCAGUGGCCCCCACAUCGGCCCUCCGCCCGCCACCCCUUUUGCUCAGCAUGUAAGCCCCACCCAACCCUUCCUUUUCAGCCCCCUGCUGUGACCCGGCUUGGAGAAGCCUGAGGAGGUAGCUCAGGGCAUCAAGGGGAUGAUCACCCCAACACUGGGGCGGGGCUCCAUGCUGGGGCAGCUGCCCCCUUCUGUCACCAGCUUCAGUGGAGUCCAGUGUUUCGCUUUGCUUGCUUGUCCCCCAUCCUGCCCCAAGCCGGGCCGCCCAGCCUUACUUUCCCGCCUUCCACCAUCCCCUGCUUGGACCCCGGGGUGUGGACAGUGACCCCUCCCCAAAUUUGGACUUGAAUCUCUGAGCUGAACUAGGGCCCCACCCUCAUGAAGAACUGGGCCACAGAACUCCAGGAGAGCCUUGCCCUAGGGCCCUCUCUCGUAAUCAGGGUCACUCACAGGGGUCUUGGGAGGAGAGCAGAAGCUUGGCUGCCUCCUGGCGGGUCAUUCCGUUCAGCCUCCUUAUACCUAAGAAGCAGCCCUCCGUGCCUGCUCGAGGCGGGACAGGGAAUCUGUACCCCUGCGCGCAGCAAGUCGGAAGGAGGGCUUCCCCCUCUGACCCCACGGCCCCAGGCAGAGUUUUGCACCAGCAGGACCCCUUCCAGGGUCUUUGAGGCUCUCCCAGGAGCCCCCCUCUGCCAGUUCCCAACGUCCCAAACCCCUUUUGGGCCCCAUGCCAGGUCCAUUCAAGGGUCUGGGGUUCUUGGGAGCCAAGCCCCACCCCCAUGCCAAUCCCCUCAAUUCCUGAUCAGGGGAUCAAUCCCUGGUGAUUUGUAAAUAUUUCUAUUGGGUCCAGCACCCCCUCGAACUGCCUCAAACCUCUGGCCACCCCUCAGCAAUGUCGUGGGGGUGUGGGAGAGGCCGAGGGCUCCGUCCAGGGCUGUGUGGGUAACCCUGUACAUAUGAUCCAAUCUGUGACUACCAGCCAACCCGAAUAAAGCGGUUUAAA